AUGGAUACACGAACGAUCACAGCAUGCUUAGUCUCAAACUCGCCUGCCAAUGGGUUUGUGGAUGUCAUCAUCAGAGAACCUUUCGAUCGGCAAAACCUGCUUAUCCGCUCCAAGAAAUUCUUUCACGUUGACGCCAACAUCAAAGAAUGCAGAAUCACGUUGUCGCACACUGAAGAACAGAAUAAUCAUUUCCAACUUAUGAUCUUAUACGAUCACGAAUUACACGGAAAGCACAAUUGCCCUUACCUCGCGUACAAAUUCAUCGAUAAGUCCAACGUUGAUGAUCUUGGAAGGGAAGACUAUAUGGUGGUGAUGAAAGCAAUAGACAUAUCCUUAAUCAUAAGGAUGAAACGUAAAAUACGACCCACUGAUCAAGUUGUCCAGGACGAAACGAAAGAAGACAAUGAAACACAAUAG